GGAAGUCUGCUUUUGUCUUUUUUUUCUUCAUGCAUUACAAAUGCAUGACGGACAUACUGAGCUGAGCUGAGCAUACUGAGGCAUAAUUUAUAUGGGAUCCGUGGGAUUUUCAGCACGGCGGAGACAGACUGAUAACAUAAAAGAUAAACAGGCUGCCGGAUGUUAUGAGGUGAGCGAGGCAAAAAUAGCCUCCACUGUGGCCAAACCCCUCUCCGCUUGGCUCUGUCAAUCACAGACCCAAACAAGAUGGCAGGCUGCGGGAGCUGGGGCUUCUUCUUUACAGUUUGUGCUGUCAGUUUGUUCGGGGCCAAUGCAGAGAUCAAAGUCACCAUUCCUGUGGGGAGGAUAUUCACAUAUGAGCUGCUGAGGGAGACUUUCCUCAAUGACUUUGAGCCUCUGUCAAAACUCUACGGCCGUUCGUACGAUGACCCCAUGAUUUUUAAAUGCAACCGUCAGAGUUUCCCAGACCUCCCAGAGUGGCUGCGCUUCACUCAGAGGACCCCGUACGAUAACGGCUUCCUGUACGGCACGCCGGUAUCUGCAGGAAAAACCAUAAUUGAGAUCUACGCCAUCAACAAACAGAGCUACGAAGCCGUCAGACAGAUACUCGUGAUCAAAGCCACGGCAGAGAAGAUGCUGCCCUACCAGGCCGAGGUCUUCAUCAAGCUGAGGGAGAUUGAGAAGGUGCUGCCCCCCUCUGUUCAGGAUGAGAUAAAGCAGGAUCUGCAGAAGCUCUGGGACACAGAGGCUUUGGAGAUCGUCAACAUCACCAACGCCCUGGACCGCGGCGGUAGAGUCCCCCUGCCGCUCGCAGGACACUUUGAAGGUGUGUAUGUGAAGGUGGGGUCCCAGCAGUAUUUCUCAGACUGUCUGCUGAGGGUGCAGACAGCGGAGCAUCAGAAACAGUGCAAAGCAGCAGCCAAAGUUAAAAUCCCUGGAGGAUGCAACUUCUGCAACAUUCCCAGCAACUGCAUCAGCUGGUGCAAGACGGAGCUGUUUGACCUGACGAAGCAGGAGCCGGCCCCCCCUCCCCCCACCGUGGGCUCAGGGAUCCUGGUGGAGGGAGGAGACUUCGACCCCCCCGAGUCCCCCCCCAGCAGGGACUUCUUCCCGGACUACAUCGUCACGGUGAUCGUGCCGCUGAUCCUCGCCAUCAUCCUGUGCGUCCUGCUGGCCUACAUCAUGUUCGGCCGGCGGGAGGGAGUUGACAAAAGGAAUGCAAGAACCAACCAGAUCCAGCUGUACCACCACCACACCAUCCACGGGAACACGGACGAGCUGCGCAGCAUGGCCGGGGACCGCGGCGCCUCUCCUCCUCUGUCCACGCUGCCCAUGUUCAACAGCCGGACCGGGGACCGAGCGGCCCCGCUGCAGUCCGACAGCAUCCCGCUCAUCAUGGCCCAGCAGUAA